CCCCACGUGUCUGUGCGUGUAUUCCGGAAGUGAAAGGACCGAUGGUGUCCGGAGCGGUGCGGGAAUCUGUCGGUAUCGUUCGUGCCCAGCGGCGCGGUUCUGCUCCUCAACAUGGACACGCUGAACAAACUCAAGCAGUUCGAUGCUUACCCCAAAACCCUGGAGGACUUCCGGGUGAAGACGUGGGGCGGCGCGACCGUGACCAUCAUCAGCGGCAUCAUCAUGUUGAUCCUGUUUGUCUCCGAGCUGCAGUACUACCUCACCAAAGAGGUUCACCCUGAGCUGUACGUGGACACGUCACGAGGAGACAAACUCAAAAUCAACAUUGACGUCGUCUUCCCACACAUGCCCUGCGCCUAUCUCAGUAUAGAUGCGAUGGACGUAGCCGGCGAGCAGCAGUUGGACGUUGAACACAAUCUGUUCAAACAGCGUCUGGAUAACGAUCUGAAAGCCGUCACCACCGAGGCAGAUAAACACGAACUAGGUAAGGCUGACGACGGGGAAGUGUUUGACCCCAGCACACUGGACCCUAACAGAUGUGAGAGCUGCUACGGAGCCGAGACUGAAGACCUCAAAUGCUGUAACACCUGUGAUGACGUGCGGGAGGCCUACAGGCGGCGCGGCUGGGCUUUUAAAAAUGCUGACACCAUCGAGCAGUGCAAGAGGGAGGGCUUCACUCAGAAGAUGCAGGAGCAGAAGAACGAAGGCUGCCAGGUCUAUGGCUUCCUGGAGGUCAACAAGGUGGCGGGAAAUUUCCACUUUGCUCCAGGAAAAAGUUUCCAGCAGUCGCACGUCCACGUGCACGCUGUGGAAAUACACGACCUGCAGAGUUUCGGCUUAGACAACAUAAACAUGACCCAUCUGAUAAAACACCUGUCGUUUGGUAAAGACUACCCCGGCAUCGUCAACCCGCUGGACGAGACAGACGUCACUGCACCACAAGCGUCCAUGAUGUACCAGUACUUUGUGAAAAUCGUUCCCACGAUCUACGUGAAAACAGACGGAGAAGUGGUGAAAACAAACCAGUUCUCCGUCACCAGACAUGAAAAGGUGGCCAACGGGUUGAUAGGAGACCAGGGGCUGCCGGGCGUCUUUGUUUUGUACGAGCUGUCGCCCAUGAUGGUUAAAUUCACAGAGAAACACAGAUCCUUCACACACUUCCUAACAGGAGUUUGUGCGAUUAUCGGAGGUGUUUUCACAGUGGCCGGUCUGAUCGACUCGCUCAUCUACCACUCGGCUCGGGUCAUCCAGAAGAAAAUAGAGCUGGGCAAAGCGUCCUAGCACCCCCACCCCACCCCACCCCACCCCCGCUGGCCUCCACGGUGCAACACAGACCAAGACACGGAUACAGAGACAGGAAGAAGAAGAGGAGGAGGAGGAGGAGGGACGGAGGUGAAGAGGGAGAAGUUUGGAAACAGGAGCGAGUGGCUGGUUUCCCCUCCAUCUCCCUCUUCUGUCAGACUGAGCAAGAGAGAAAGAGAGAGAGAGAGAGAGACAUUGAGGUCGGCCAAGUUUCCUCCGUCUCUCUUCUCUCCUGGAAAAAGCACUGGGGGGGGGGCCUCUGUGAAUUUCCCUCUCAUUUAAGUGGAUGACAACAGGACAGAGUGAGAAUCAGACGUGGACACGAGACUUUGUGAAGAGACGAGGACGCCACAUGAAUUCAGACCCCGUCUCCAGGAGCCUCCUUGUGGAAAGGGGGGGGGGGGGGCGUCCCUCCGUCCUGUCACUGUCGGAUCAAUACACUGAAUGUUGGAGAGCAGGUCUGUGGCUGAGAACCUUUAAAAGGAGAACGUCACCCAAAACCUUUUAGUUUCCUUAUCAGCUAAACUGUUGGGACAGAUUGUGUGAUCACUAAAUGAUUGUUUUUUUGUCAAACAUUGUGUUGUAUUAAUUCAUAUGAUAUAUUGUGUAUUUUUCUUAUUGUCAACAAAUUCUCCCGACAGACUGAAACCAGCUUCGGCUCAAAUCGUCAUAUCUGAAUGAAUCAAUGAGCUUCGUGCAAAUUUACUAUGAAAUAAGACAUUUUUUUAAACGUUGAAACUGAAGUUAUGAUGUGUUGGUCAGUGUUGAUAUUGUGUUGGUUUGUGCAAAACAAAUCAGCACGGAGACGGAUCAGAUCUCAGACCUGAUCCAAGGAGGACGGAUGAUGAAACCAGGUGUCGUCUGUGUUUCUAAACUGUGACGUGUCCUCGUCGGUGCCAUAGAACUCCAUUGUUGUUAAAAACAUAUCAAGGAGCCCCAGUGUUAAAACGAGGGACAUGUUCCUUUAUUAUCAUGAACACACACACACACACACAUACACACAACAUUCUGCUGCUAGAGAUCCUCACCCAACAAAUCCCUGACUGUUUUAUUCUGAUUUGAGUGACACUCAUUCAGAAAAUCACAGAGUUUUGAAAAGAUGGUUAAAUUCAUCUUAGUUUUUUGGGUCUUUUCAGUGGAUUUGUUGACAAUAAUAAAAAUAAAGACGCCAGACUCGUAUGUUUUUUGACACUCGCUCUUUAAAGCCGCUCUUUAGUCGAGUCACUUGUUUCGGUUAAACACUGAUCCCAGGUCAUCACAUUCCAGUCCCUCGUGUUUAAAGCUGAGGAGCAUCUGAAAAGUUAAUGAGUUCAAAGUUUGUCAAACAAGCAGAUCGUGAAUCAACACUGUAAAAGUCAGAUUUGUGAUUUAAAGCCACUAUGUGUAGGAUUUGUAUGUAAUUUAACAACCUGAUGACAUUUAUAAAAAAAAAAAUAUAUAUAUAUAUCAUCUGAUUGGAGGUUGUGUUGUUUUCCACUUGUUCAUCUCUGUCCUCUGGUCAGAUCUGGGCUCAUUCGUUUAUCUUACAAUCAAAAUUAUUUCCAUUUUAUCUCCAAUGUUUCACUAGAGGGCGUUUGUCUCCCACCUGGAGCGGGACAACAGCAGAAUUGUUGAAAUGACAAAAAUUAUGUAAUUAUUUAAAGAUUUUGAGCAAUUUCUCAAUUCCGUCUCCCAUGUUGUUUUAUUCAAUCGUCCUCUAGGUGUCACCAGAGUCCUGGUAUGGUGCUUCCAUGUGUUGUGGCUCGUUAAAGCAGCACUAUGCUACUAUUACUGAGCAGCAGCGCCCUCUGCAGGCACACGUGGGUGGUUCAUUCUGUCGGGCUUCACGUACGAUUAAAUGGUUUUCAAGUUUAGAAAAAAACUCAAACUGGAACCCAACUCAACGCUGGAUAUUACCCAUGAUCCCCUGCUCCCUGAACAAAUCCACUAAACUGUUCAGAAUUCUUCAUAUCGUAAAAGUUUCCUGUUGAAUCCUGGAGAUAAACUCUGAAUUUAAAGACGUAUAAGUCCGUAGUUCGCAGCUCGAGCUACGAGACGAGGUCGAACCACGACGCAGUUCAACGUUCGAGUCCGAUCGCCAAUACGUGAUCGAAGCCGUGUUGAGUGUUCGCCCCUCGUUUCCGAUCUGUGAGAUCGAAAAUCUUCAAUUUAACUGGACAUCAACUCAGUUACUAUAAUCAUCACUGUCUUCACAUGAGUUUGUCCCAGUAAUAAUGUAAAUUAAUUAAAAAAUGUCACAUGUUAUUUCUUAUUGUAUUAAAUCUCAACGAAAGUUAAGAAAUUUUAGACUUUUACGAAACUGGAACAUUAUUUUUUAUAUGGUUUCGAUGCUUCUCACUUUCUGUCCUGACUCUUCAGUUGACGUGAUGUAGAGCAGACGUAGUUCACUGUGACGGAGUCUGAAGGUCGUGUGAAGGUCAUGUGAAGGUCAUGUGAAGGUCAACAGGUGUUACGAGUGUUUUGACAUUAAAAAGAAAGUUUGAUGAUUAAAAAAAUCUCUUGUGUGUGUUAAAAGCUGCUGAUGAAGCAGUUUGAUGAUGAAAGUUCAACUGUUGGUUGGUUGUUGCACCUUUUAACAUCUAAAUCAGGGGCAUGGGUUGUGUCUCUGUGUGUCUGUGUGUGUGUGUGUGUGUGUGUGUGCGUGAGAGAGACAAAUGUAUUUAUAUUCUGAUUGUCCUCAGAAUCGUUUUUAAAAUGACUGAAAAUAAAUGUUGAAUUCACCAGCUUCA